AUGGGUCCCAUCACAAGAGCCAACAAGUCAGGUUUGAAGACCGCGGAAAACACGUCUCAAGUAUACCCAUUAGCAACAGAUAUACCAACCGAUAUCAACAUCAAUAAAACAAAAGCCAAGUCGAGGUCGACAUCAAAACUGAAUGGCAAUGCGAAAUCCAAUGGUGUGUCAAAGACAAAGACUAAACCAAAGACCAAACCCCCAUUGGUAAAAGUACCGAAAGCUCCUUCAAACCCCACGCGUCUCUUUGACGAUCAAACGGAGGUGGUGGCCCAGCAGGACAACUUGGUAGUGCCACUGGAUCUAUCCUUGCCUCAGGAAUUCAUUGAUUACCAUACACCAGGAUUCAUUGAAGGUAUCAAGUAUUGUAUUGAAGUAGAUCCCACAUUGCAUCCGAUUAUAGUUCGAGAGAAUUUCACUGGGUUUGGGUCCAAGUCAUUUGACGAGAAAUUGAACCAAGCUGAUGACGAUCGUAUUCAUCUAUUCUGGUACAGCUUAGUGCGGUCGGUGAUUGCGCAGCAAGUUAGCGGAGCUUCUGCCAAAUCAGUUGAAGCCAAGUUCAAGAACUUAUUCAAUAGUGGAGAAGGAACUAGCAAUGGCGGGGUGGAGGUUGUGCCUACAGCAAAAGCAACGCUUGGCUUCACUGAGGAGCAGUUGAAAAGUGCUGGCCUAUCGCGACAGAAAGUCGCGUAUGUUCAACAUAUAAGUCAAGUGUUUGCUGACCCUAGUGAUAAAUUAACCUCGUUAGAUUUUUAUCGCAAUGCAUCCGUUGAUGAGAUAUACACCGAGGUGUGUAAAUUGAAGGGGAUUGGAUUAUGGUCAGCCAAGAUGUUUGCGAUAUUCACCUUGGAAGAGAUGGAUGUGUUUGCCGAGGAUGAUUUGGGUGUGGCUAGAGGAAUGGCAAAGUAUCUCGAGCAAAGACCGCAUGUGCUUCAACUGGCUAAAUUGGAAGUAUCGCAAAAUGAAACAAAGCAGGCGGGGUUGAAGAAGAGGUCGAAGUUUUUCAAUAAGCUGGAUUCGAAACGGACUUGGAAACCUAUUCAUGAUGUGUAUGUGUUGCAUGUUGCUGAAAAGUUUAAGCCCUUUCGGAGUGCGUUUAUGAUGGUUUUGUGGAGAUUGAGCUCUACAAAUAUAGACGUGUUGGAUAAAGAUUGA